AGUUGACCAGGUUCCUUUUUUGGCGACGCAGGUCCCCUUAUAUGCUCGCACUUGGUCAAGUAGAACAUCACACAGUAGGAGCCACAGUUUGAAAGUCCUCGUAAAUAAUAAAUCGUGUUUGGUUUAAGCAUUUGCUUUCGUGGAUCUUAUAUUUCACUUUUUCUUUUGAAGACAAAAAAAUAUACUUGGAGCAGCUGCCUCGAGCGAAGAAAAACAAAAUGUCGACUGUCCGUGGAGGUGCAACAUCCGGUUCAUUUGUGCCGCGAAGGGACGACUACCCCCGCCACAAGAGCUGCCCGUGGUCCACCGCGCGGCCAUCAUGCUUGUCGUUUUCAUCUUCUCCUACCAGUUUCUUUGCUUUGACUUUGUUCACCGUCUACCUUCGCUCCGCUUUUCAUGUUUUACCGGUAGCCGCCUUCGGUUGCUUUUCCGAUUACAGCAUGUCAUGGUGUAUAUGCAUUGCAAAAGUAUCGUACUCGUAUGAAUGCAUGACAAAUUUCCUCAGCAUGAGAGAUAAAAUUUGUAAUGCGGAUUUACCUUAAAAAGAAGAUUUGUGAUGCAUGACAAUGCCUACGAGUGCAGUGCGAUACUUUUGCGCAGGAUAGUGCAACAACCACACAGAGGAGUCUUGCGUUCACGACUACACGUUUUCCGUUUCUCACUUCCAACGGAAACUGAACAAGUACUACCAGAAAAACCACCGACCACCGCUGCUCGAGGCGUAUUUUUUGAUAAAAACCCCGCAACCCUACCAAGCGGAGUUUUUGGAUGCGGAUUGCGCGCCGCCGUUGAUCAUGGCGCUGUUGCUCGUGUGCGAAGCGAGGAUGGAGUACGACAGUGGACAAGCGGUGCAGUUGUUUGAAUUGGCGAUGAACUACUUGCAGAACCGGGUUUCACCAGAACAAGCGUACAUUCUCACCAACACCGACACGUGGCCGUUUAAGAAAGCGGUUGCGAGAAUUCAGACCAUGAUGACGGAGCUGGAACAGCGCAAAUUGAAGAUCGAGGAAAAACUCGCGGUGCAAAAACAACCAAGAAUAAAGGUCGAUUUCGUGAUUUCCCACUGCAAAGAGCAAGAUUUGAAUUGGCUCGUCGAGGAUUUGACCCCGAUGCUUGUGACCGGGCAGUAUCAAAUGCAAAUAUGUCUGGGUCUGGUGGAAGGUUGGAACUUGUGAUGCUAACUUUGGACUCUAAAAAAAUCUGUAUUGCGUGACCAGCAAGAGGAGUCUAGUUUGUGCUACGCGGGGAGGGCAUUUGUCAUGCGGAGUAGGCAUCAGGAAGCCCGCUACAGAUCUGUGAUGCUAGGCCGUGCAUUACAGACAUCCUGGGUCAUGCAAAAUAUGCAUGACAAACCCUGCAACAUUCCAGACCCAGACGCUUUUGCAUUUUAUAGCCAGGCGAGGGAGACGAUUCAACCGAAGCUGCUCGUGUACGAAAAGUGUCACCAGGUGACGGAUGUCGGGAAGGUUUUUGAGCAAUGGAACAACUACCAGAAGAGCAAGGGAAAUGUGCAGAAAAUCGCAACAGAGAAUCCGUUUGACCUUGAUCCGAGCAGGAAUCCGGUGCAAGGUAGUUACGAGAUCGUCCCGACGCCUGACCCGUCCUUUGUUGUAUCAAAUGCAAAUAUGUCUGGGUCUGGAAGAAUGUAAGUUUGUCAUGCUUAUCUUUCACGACUCCUAACUUUGUGAUGCAUAAGCAGGAUGCUGAGAGUCUUUUGCCUGUCAUGCAAAAACUACGCAGUUUGCCAUGCAGAAAACGGAACACAUAGCAGCUCAAGAACUUGUCAUGCUUGGGUGCGUAUUGCAGUGCUUCCACCAUUCCCAAACCAGCAUCACAAGUUUCCAGACCCAGACAUAUUUGCAGUUGAUAUGUUGCCCGGGGAGACGAAUGCUCGGCGUACUUGAAACACAUCCGGAAUUCCUUCGGAGGAGGAGGAGGUUUUGCCCACGGUGACGAAAUGAAGUCGAACACGUUUGCCGACUUUACGUUUUUUCUCCACUCGGACCCCUGGGACCACAUGCACAAGGAAUUUAUGAGAGUGGACAACUAGUAUUUUUGCCACCUGAAGAUGAAGUCCCCGUCAUGUUGUGCGGAAGAGGAUACUAAGACCUAGGCACUUAUCUAAAGGAUCAUCAUGCACCAGGAGCUCGGCUCCCUGAUGAAAACAAACCGAAACUCACGCCCGCGAUUGUAGCUCUGGGAAAGAUGAAAGUGAUGAACGAAUUUGAAGAAAAACGUAUCGCAAGAAAAAAGUGUUACAGUUACACAUUGUGUUGCAGGCCAAGCAUGACAGACAAGCUCUGCCAUGCGGGAUAUGCAUAGGAGCCUCGUUUCAUAGGUGUUUUCCCGGAGGAUUUCUGCAUUACAAGUUUUCUCUCUCAUGCAGAGAAAUUUGUGUUGCUGAAUUCACUACAAAUGUUUAACUGUAACACUUUUUUCGGUGGAUAAAACGGAACAUCUUAUUAGUACAGCAAGAAGCGGAUUUGGAAAAGUUUGAAUUGAAGUAUAACCCGCUCAGGUGUUACAAUCUCAAACGUUACAAUAGAAUCUAGAAUUUGUGUUGCAAAAUGCGCAACAUCUGGCCUACUCCCACAGGAGCGCGCAUGACAAGUUUCGGAGCUCCAAACCCCAUGAGAAUCUGCCGAAAUUUGUAUUGCGAAAAGCCCGAUUCUCUGUUUGGUACUCAUGCUGUUCAUGCAACACAAAUUUCACAUUCUACUGUAACGUUUGAGAUUUACUGUAAUACGGAUCACCGUGUCCCUGAAAACAAACCGAAACUCACGCCCGCGAUUGUCUGGUAACCAAAUGCGUGCGCGCGCGCGCGCAGAGGUGGGCGCGCGCGCUCUGCGCGCUUGCGAUAUUGCUUAGCAAACGCAGCGCGAAGGCAGUUGCCGUUACCAUAUAGGGCAACCGCCGGGAGGCGUGAAGGUCAGGGAAAUGGCCAGAAAUGAAGCGGGAGAAGGGAAAAAAAGCGGACCAGAUGGGAAAAUGGCCAGGAGGUCAAAAAUGUCGCAAAAAUGGCAGAAACCAAGCGGGAGAAGGUGAAAAAAGAGCAUUUUUGCGGUUUGGCCCACUUGAUAUCUGAAAAAGAGACGGACUAUUUUUUGCUCCGCCCGGUGGCCAGCUGCGUUGGAGAAGCAGGCCCGCGACCUGUCCGGAAGCCUUGGGCCGCUUCGUAACUGGAAAAAGUUGGAAAAAAAUGACAAAAAAUUGCUUCAUAACGUGGGUGGAAGCAAUCGUCGGAUUUUGUCCAGAUCACCCGGGCCACUUUGAAAAUGAAAAAAGAUGAGAAAUUGCGCAAAAGCGCAAUCCUUCCGCAGGCUUCAAAACUGCCAGUCAGAUGCGGGCGGUAAAAAUGUCCAGGUCGCCGGGGCCACUUGGAAAAUAGAAAAAGACCACUUGGAAAAUAGAAAAAAGACUUGGAAAAUAGAAAAAGAUGAGUUUUCUAAAGGCUCCCUGAAAACAAACCGAAACUCACGCCCGCGAUUGAUAGAAGUCGCAAUACCAUAACCCAAGAAAUUUCUCAUGCGUUCAUGCUGUACAAAGCGCCGCUCUACCAUGAAUGACUCAGCAACACAAAUUCGCCGCGCGCUUCCAGACCCAGACAAAUUUUUGCAUUUGAUUCGCGUUCAACCCCCACGACUGGACGCACUAUCAAAAGGAAAAAUCCCCCCUCCGCGUCCCCAUAUCAAAAAUCGGAAAUCUGUGUUGCAGAUUUGUGGUCACACAUCAGCUUUCUCAUGCUAGAAGGCAGAAGAGGCGGACUGUAGUGCUGGGUGGCUUGGGAAAGCCUUGCAUCCUCAGCAUGACAUGAGGCAGCUGGAAGUGGGAAACAGCAUGACAAAUCGCCUGCAAUUAAGGCCGCGACUGCGUCGCUUGGCCUUCUAGCAAUACAAGGCGAAGACUUGUGUACUCAAAUACAGCAUCACAAGUUCCCCCUGAAAAAAACCGAAACUCACGCCCGCGAUUCCAGUUCUGGAAACUUGUAUUGCAGACACGGCUCCUGCUCCUCGCGGGCCUAAAUAUAAGAUAUAGCGUUUAAAUUUCUAACUUGUACGACCAACGAAGGGGAAUAAUGCUAAUGUGGCACGUCGAGUUCUUCUUGUCUUCUCUUCCAUACACUUCAUGUCCGUGAUUCUGUCCACCAUCGCCGCAAAAACUUUCGACAGCGAGAAAAACGGAUUCUUACACCUCAACGGCCCGCGACACGUCCGAACGCUGACGCCCUGCCUCCAGGCGGUGUCCGAGAAGAUUUUCGGUUUCCCAGUGAAAAACUCCGUCGGGCCGUACUGUUAUUCGAAGUAAAAACAUCCCCACCCCAGAGUUGUCAUGCAAAUCUGCAUGCCAAAAAAGUUUCUCUUGCGAAGCCCCAUGACGAGAAGCUUUUUCUAGUCGUGUUUUGGGAUUUGUGAUGCUAGAAAUAGCGUGAUAUGAUAGAUCUGUGAUGCUGCUGAACUAGCUGAACAGGAUCACACUACGAGGGCGAACUUGUCAUGCGAAACAACCAAAGUUGGCUGAUUUGUCUAGCAGAUAUUCCCAUCUUCAACACUCUGGUACUAUGGGGACGCUUUUACUCAGGAUAACUGUUGUGCCCAGUUCAUGGUGACGAAGGAGCGCAUUCUGAAGAGGCCGCAAAGCUUCUACAGCAACAUGCUAACCAUGGUAAAUGGGACCAUGACUGAAGAUUUGUGUACCAGUAGCAAAACCGCGCGGUCGACGCAUUGCUACGGAAUGGAAUUCCUCUGGCACCUGGUGUUUUCCGACUUAUCUAACGAGGAACUCCAGUAUCUGAACGAACAGGGAUCUUUAGUGCAGCAGCAACUGCAUAUGACAGUGCACAACUCCCCCUGCUCCCCCUCAUUUGUAAUGCAAACUGUCAAGAAAUCAAGUCGCUGCCUUGUGGCACUGUUUGCAUGACAAAGUCCGGAACAAACCCAAACAGCACUACAUUAGAGCCAUACAUUUGUCAUGCAUAGACUUCAUGCUUGCUCGCGUGUGUAUUGCUGCUCAUGCCAUACAAAUGAAGGGGAGCAGCGGGAGUUGUGCACUCUCAUACUGCAAAAAAACGAGUUACAACUGACUGACGAAGUCGAGCAACAACAGGCGAUGAUUGACUCGGUGUUCGACCCCCCAUUAUGCAUUGCAAAUAUGUCUAGGUAUGGGAACUACUUGUGAUGCUGAACAGUGGAUGGUGAAAACACUUUCGAAUAGUACAGCCAAGCAUGACAAGUUUGCAGAACGCCUUCUGAUGUUGCACAGUUCGCAUGACAGCCUCCUGCAGCGUUUUUGUAAAUGUAAUGACAAAAAAGGCCGCUGGGGGUCAUGCAAUACAGAAUCCACAUGAAUGUAAGACCAGCAUUGCAAGCUGCAACUUUCCAGACCCAGACAUAGUUGCACUUCAUAUCAAUUACGCCCGGACGACUGGUCGUUGCCGAUUCAGUUCCGGCUCAAGUUUGGGGUGGAGCACGCGAAAAAGGAUUGGAAUGACGUCGUUUUAUCGCCCAACGUCCCGAAAAAAAUCGUGACGAGACAAGACUGGAAUGGGAACGAAUUUGUCUACACACUCGGCGGAGAGCAGCACGUCGCGAGCUUGAGCGGGAAAGGCAACAGCAGUCCGGCGGGAAGCGCGAGUGGGAUCCAGAAUCAAGCGCAACUACAGCAACCACAACAUCAAGCCUUGGGAUCAUCCGGAUCUGCAGCUUCUUUGCCGCCAAUAUCGGUUAGGCCAGUAAGUAGUGACACAACUACUAGCGCAGGAACUGGAACUACAGCUUCCGUUGGUGCUUCAUCUUCUUUGAGUGCUGCGCAACAGCAACUGAGAAACGCGAAUGCCGCUGCUAGUAUGUUGAACCAACAGUUCUGAUAGAUAGGUUUGCUUGAGAGCCUGCAUGAAAAGCAAAAAUUACAGCGAGGCACGAAAAGACUUUUAUACCGAUGAUAGUGAUCAACAGUAGACGAGACUGUAGGUCUCACAGUUGGCCCAGGAGUGUUGUUGAGUGAGUUCCUCUACUACUGCAGCUUUCAGCAAUACGUUUGAGAGUACAGUUUGAGCUUGUUCUUAUGUGGUUUGAAGAAAUAGACCAGGAUUUUGGAUUUGCGACACCUUUGUGGAAAAAAAAUGUUCGUAUGAUCCACCACAUAGUUAAAGUUUUCAAAAAAUGCUCUCCAGGACCAAGCUUACCACUAUUAGCCCCUGUAGCCACAUCAUUUUUUUCUGCUUGUUUUCGUGUGCAUCUUCUUUCUGAAUUGAGUAGUUUACUUUAUUUUUUUUCCUUUUUUUUCUCCGACCCUAGAACUUUUUUCCGUCUUGUUGUGUGGUUUGAUUGAUCUGUAGUUUUUAUUUUCGACGUUCGGUGUCAUGGUCUUGCACAUGCUCUUGGUCACGUCUCAAAAAGAGAAGGACUACUACAAAUUCAGCCCGCGUUCUACGGAUUCCAAUUCUUUGCCAUGAGCUGUUAUUAAACUUAAAGCACGACUCUGCCUUUCCUCGCCACCGAUCACUUGAAGCAU